AUGAGUGUACGAGUGGGCCAGUAUUUUCAAUUGAACUCUAUCAGUUUGUGUGCUGCAUGGCGAAACAAUUUGACGGUGACGAUUAAAGGUAUACGAGCAAAUAUUCCUGUUUAUCAGACGGUGAUCAACUUACAAGUUGCAUCAAAAAACAUUUUGUACACAGUAAAAUGGGCCGGAAUUGAUAAAGUAACAUUUGAUUCGGUUGGUGGUAUAGAGUAUCCAAAUCUGAAUGGCGGUGGAACGCAAUUUGUCUUUGAUGACAUCGAUAUCACAAUCUAA